AAACCCAUUCACAUAUGUACAGCCCCAAACCCACUUGUUGGUGAAAUUAAUAGCACAAAACGAAAGACCCAGACAUUUUCACUCAAGAGAGGACUUCACUCGCAGAGAUCUAAAUAUGUAUUUGCUAGAAUGAGAUAGCUUUGUCCAAGUUCAUUCAACUGCAGUUAAUAAUUGAGCUGAAACCCUGUCCAAAAGUUUCUCUCGGUAACCCCUGCCUUCGGUUCCAGUGAUAAGAAAAAAAAGUAUCUCAAGGUUAGCCAUUGUGGUUGCAACUGCCCCUGUCCCAAAACAAAUGCAGGCUUAUCGCUCAAAAUUUUUGCUUUAUCAGUUAAGUAAGCCCAAUGCAAUAAAUAGCCAGCUUUCAGUCUGGUUUGUGUUUCCCUGCUACUAACAUCUCUCGUCGCUCGGUGCCUUCGUUCAAGUGCUUUGCAAAGCACAAAAAAUUGCAAAAAAAAAAAAACAAAUAAAUAAAUAUUAAAAAAACGUUUUGUAUUCGUGAGGUUGAUCAUUUUUUAAGGUAAUACAACAAAAUGAGAUUGAUUAUUUUGGAAACCAGCGAUUCGGUUGGCAAAUGGGCAGCCAAAUAUGUCAUGAAACGUAUCAACGAGUUCCAGCCGGGACCAAAUAAAUACUUUGUAUUGGGUUUACCCACAGGCUCCACGCCAUUGGGAAUGUAUCGAGAGUUAAUUGAAUUCUAUAAGCAGGGCAAGGUAUCGUUUCAAUAUGUAAAGACAUUUAAUAUGGAUGAAUAUGUUGGCUUGCCGCGGGAUCAUCACGAGAGCUAUCACUAUUUCAUGUGGCAUAAUUUCUUCAAGCAUAUUGACAUUGAACCCCACAAUGUCCAUAUAUUAGAUGGCAAUGCCUCCGAUUUGGUGGUCGAAUGUAAUAAAUUUGAGGAGCAGAUUAAAGCGGCCGGAGGAGUAGAACUAUUCAUUGGUGGCAUUGGGCCAGAUGGCCAUAUAGCUUUCAAUGAGCCCGGCUCAUCGCUGGUAUCACGAACGAGAGUAAAGACCCUGGCCCAGGAUACCUUGGAGGCUAAUGCCCGUUUCUUUGACAAUGAUAUGACCAAGGUUCCUAAACAGGCUUUAACUGUGGGUGUGGGUACUGUGAUGGAUUCAAAGGAGGUUAUGAUACUCAUAACGGGCGGUCACAAGGCCUUCGCCUUGUACAAAGCGAUCGAAGAAGGUGUUAACCACAUGUGGACCGUUAGUGCAUUCCAGCAACAUGUCAAUACUUUGAUGAUAUGUGACGAAGACGCCACCCUAGAGCUGCGCGUCAAGACUGUAAAAUAUUUUAAGAGCUUAAUGGAUGUGCAUUCCAAACUAAUUGAGCAACAAAAGACGGCAAACUAGCCCGAGAAACAGAUCGGCAGACAGGGGAAUAUAUAGUUCCUCGAGGAACAGAAUUUAACUAUGUGAAAAAAAUACCAGAAUUGUUUUCAAUAUGCAUAUAUAUAUUUUUUUAGUGUUUAUUAUGUAUGUAAUUUAAGGUUUAUGUAUGUAUAAAGUAUAUAUAGUAAAGAAA